UUCUAUUGCGUAAGGGCAAACCCUUUACACAUGUUUCACCUCCGUGUUCGAAAGGGGAACAUGGCUCGGCUCUUGAAGGCGUUGCUCACAUGCAAUUUGUUAUUCGAGCCAGCCCUCAUCCUGCUGGUGAUUCCUCACAUAGUCCGGGCGUUACGUCGUGUGAGCGCAGUGAGUGGUUUAAAACCAGUUGCUUAACUCAGGAAUCUAUGUCUUCUACUUCCUUGUUUUCUGACGCAUUAGCUUCCAUUUCUCUUCGUCUUCGCCGUAGCCGUGACACCGGCAGUCUGAAGAGCAAGCAAAGCAAUCGAUCCUCUUACCGCCCUUACUCUGUCUAUCAGUAGACAAUGAUUCCCACUAUCCUACGAGAUCCCGAUGCAGCCAAAAAGCUGUUUGAGACUAUCAUCGACUCUCCCAAUGGCCGCCGCUCCAUGUCACGCCUUGCGCGGACCUGCAGAGCUAUGUGCGAGCCCGCUCUGAAUGUACUAUGGAGGGAACUUGACUCCUUACUUCCAAUUAUUUCGUUAUUUCCCAACACCCUGAUGAAGAGAGCCCGCCGCCCAGGGCUCGGUUUGGCUAAGGCACCUAAUGCCGAGGACUGGAGCAGAGUUCUCGCUUAUGGUGAACGUGUCCGCCGCAUUGCGUACAUCGAGUCCUCCCCCAGCGUUUCCCCAUCUAUCUUUGCCGUUAUCACAGAGAACAGGCCCGUGCAGUACAUCCUUCCCCACUUGCAGCAACUCAUCUGGCGCGUGGACACCGCUGCUGGCCUGCAGCGCUGCACCAUUUUCCUGAACCCAGAGCUCCAAAAUCUGAUUUUGGAGGUCAGCACGAGGAUCCCGCAGCUUGCUACAUUCCUUGCGGACGUAUGCAGCAGCACUCAGCUAUCAUCAUUUUCGUUCACGUCGCCCACGAGCCUUCCCGACACGUUCACUGACAUUUUGAGAUCGCACAACACGUUGGAAAGGUUGGUUCUUGUUGCACCUGGUGCACUUUCAUCAAGCGUUGGACAGUGGGCUGCAUCGUUGCCUAUGCUGCGUGAUCUUGAGCUUGAUCUCACUGGCCGGUCUGUCAUCGCAGUCGAAGGUUUCUUCGACGACAUCGACAGUGGCGUCUUCUCUGGAGAUGAGAUAGACUUCACGGAAAUUCGCAAGUCAUCGUUGCGCUUGACCGGUGACCUGCGCUCGGGUGGCGUGUUCACCGAUCUGCGUCAACUAUCGCUGACUGGAGAGGUUGCAAACAUUGCUGUGUUCCUGAAGCACCUCACUAGCAAUCUCACGCACCUAGAGCUCGUCAUUGAGGAUCCACCGGAUAUGGCUGACUGGCAAGACCUCUCUGGUCUGAUCUGCGAGCGCUUCAGCAAAUCGCUCCUCUCGCUGCGUAUUAACGCAACAGGCUCAUCUCGUUUCAAUGAGCUUGUGAGAUCGACCUCUCGAGGCGGAGAACCACCUUGUCGUCACCUUCCCCUCCAGCACUUCACCUCACUCCCAUGCCUGCUCCGCCUAGAAAUAGACCUGCCGGAAUCAGUCCUCUUCCAUAAUUCAGACCUGCAAGCCGUAGCCGAAGCAUGUCCCAAUAUUGAGAUCCUCAGACUCUGCCCUAUGGCACGUUUCCCCGCAUCUUCUGGCCCCAGCCUUACGUUAGAAGGCGUUGCACUUCUGACACAGAACUGCAAGCGACUACAAACGCUGGCCCUUGUACUAGACGCCCACACGGAGUCCGAGGAGACGUUCAACUCCCUCGAGGUAUCCUCGAGGUCACUUCUCCGCCUACACGUGGGCCACUCAGUCGUUAAUGACGCCCUUCAAUCUACCAUCCUUCUCAGUCACCUUGCACCCUACCUGGAGACGAUAAAGUGGUUCCAUGAAAAGAACCGCCCCGGAUAUGUCGAGGCAAACGCAAAUGGUUGGCAGAAGGUUUCGGACUGGUUGCCCCACAUGCAGGGCAUGCGCCUGAUGGAGAGAGCCAGGGCUGUUCAUCUUGCCACGCAGAAGCCCGAGACCCGGGAACAGAGCGUCGACGCCACUCCUCGUUCGGUUCAGCGCUCCAUCCAGGUGUCACCCAAACUGGUUGACAGGUCGACUGAGGCUAAGCCAGAGUUAGUCUCGAUGUCUAUUGAUGCCACACCCUCGAUCGUAGACACAAGCGUCGACGCGACUCCGGCGGUCUCACAUCAGUCCGUCUCCGUUAGAACCAUCACAGUCUCCACCGAAGUCGAUGCAACAGUCCGCACAGAAUCAAAAGCUGUUGACGCCAAGGAGACGUUGUCCUAUGAAAACUCCGCUUCACUUAAUAGAUAUGCCGACCCCUUCUAUUCUCUCUCUAUGCUCCAUGCUCAACAAAAUGACGGGGACAAUUCGUCCUCGGAAAAACACGAACUCAGGCCUUCUCCUGCGCACUCGCUUUCAUCGUCGGCGUCGGAGCUCCUGGAUCAUGAUAUUCCUCCUGUUUGUCUAUGA